AUUGUUAAGAGACCAUUUAUGUCUUUUCUCACAAAAGAAGAUACUUUUUUUCACUUAAGUUCAGAUGUAACUGUCUGUUCUGUAUUUUCUCUCCGUCUUCACCUGUUUGAGUUUUCAACUGCUAACACAAAGCUCAGAGUAGCAAUGGAAGUCUAAAUAAGAGCAGUUUCAUAACAUGCAGAGCUCUCUCUUUUUGGCUCCCACUUCCAUUGAUAAAGGUGGUAGCUCCAACCAGAACUUAUCUUUUGGACCAUGGGCAUGGCCUAGCAAGCGCAUAGGUACUUUUCAUCCUCGUGCCCAGGUUUCAGCAUCUGCUAUCGGUGGUGGGCAGCAGAGCCACUAUAGCAUGCUUGGUGUUCCACACAAUGCUUCUUCUGUUGAUAUAAAAAAGGCUUAUCGUCUUCUUGCUCUCAAGUAUCAUCCUGAUGUUAGCAAGGAUUCAGGAGCUGAUGAGAUUUUCAAGAAAAUCCAUCUCGCAUAUGAUGUAUUAUCUAAUGAAUCAUCAAGAAAUCAGUAUGAUCAAUCUCUUCGACAUCAGGAUUAUACUGAUAAACCUUUGGGGGGAAAUUGGGAGUAUGACUUUGAAUAUUACAAUGGCAUAAGGACCUAUAGGUGGUCUGAUCUCAAACAAAAAAUGCAAAGAGAGAGAUAUUGGGAAAACUUCUCCUCUUAUUAUGAUGAAGAGGUGGAUUCCGAAGAAGAAACUCCACAAGAAGAAAGGGGUCCGUUCUCGGAAGUGCUCAAAUCUGCCUUUCUCUCAUUAUUCUUAAUGUACACCGUAGGUAUUCGUUUGUCUUUGACAUUUAGUAGCCUCAUGGCCUUGCUUGACCGAAAGUUGGACACUGGAUACAAGAUUGGUUAUUUACUCGCUUGGAUUUUGGGGGGCAGAGGCGGUGUUUUACUUACGUUAUGCCUUUCGUUUGCAAGCUGGCUUUGUGGAAAAACCAGCAGUAGCCUAGUUGCGUUGGUGGUUGUGGCCAUGUGGGUCGGGUCCAAUGUUGCUCGAUAUGCUCCGGUCCCACAAGGUGCCAUUCUUACUCUAUUGUACAUGUCAAUCAAGUUACAAGUUGAUCUUAGUUAAAGCUUCUGCAACAGAGUGACCACUUUCUUAAUAUGCCACUAUUGAAGUCUGUAAAUAUGCUCCACAAUAACUUUCAUUUAUGUUUCUUGUAGUGUAGUCAAUUAUGAGACAGAAUAAUUUAAAUUCGUUAUAAUUUUCUGAUAAGUUGGUUCUUGAAUGUAAAUGCAUAAUCAAAAGUUUAAGUAUCUACAACUUGUUCAUGGUCA